ACUCACUCAAUAACAAGAUGCCCAGACAAGAUGAAAGUGAAGAUGUGAAGAGAACCAGCGCAGGGAGUGGAACAGGGAGUGCUGCAGAACAAGCCAGAGGUACAACUCGCCCCCCUCGAGACGGAGAAGUCCCAGGGGUGGACUACAACUUCCUAUCUGUGGAAGAUUUCCUAGAACUUGAGGAGAGUGGCACACUGCUGGAAAUAGGAACUUAUGAAGGUAACUAUUAUGGGACCCCCAAGCCGCCAAGGCAGCCCGUCAUUGGGACAGUGAUUCUCAGUGAUGCUGGCUCCCAGCAGUCCAACCCCAAGCGCACCAAGUCCUACAAUGACAUGCAAAACGCCCGAGUAGUGCCUGCUGACGACGACGAUGACGACCAGGCCACGGAAAUGAACAACAGUUUUACAGGAUCCUUAGUGCGUAGUCUCUUCCCCUCUCCCUUGCUGUGCACAGGUAACCCUAGUGACCAGGACGAGAGCCGCGGCGGCAUCCACCGGCCAUACCCCGCCCGUGACAAUGCUCCAUCCUAUGGUCUGAACAAUGCGGCCACCUCCACAGCAGACAGCGGUCAGCAGACCCUCGCGGAGCCCCAGGCCUCUCCGGAGGACCCGCUGGGCCCCCUGCCGGAAAACUGGGAGAUGGCCUACACAGAAAACGGAGAACUCUACUUCAUAGACCACAACACAAAGACCACAUCGUGGUUGGAUCCUCGAUGUGGAGACAAAAUAUCCAAACCUCUGGAAGAGUGUGACGAUGAUGAAGAAGGGAUACAUACAGAGGAUCUUGAGAGUGAUCUAGAGCUGCCUCCGGGAUGGGAGAGGAUAGAUGACCCCGUGUAUGGAGUAUAUUAUGUAGAUCAUAUAAACAGGAAGACGCAGUAUGAGAACCCGGUGGUGGAGGCUAGGCGUAGGAAACACCUGGAACAGCCGCAGCAGCCGCAGCCUCCAGAAGAGUGGAUAGAGGAGCACUCCUCAGCCGGGGCUCCCCUGGCAAACUAUGCUCCCAACCACCUGGAGACCUACAGGGACCCACAGGCCCCACCGCCUCUACCUCCUGGUCCUGGAGGACCCAAACGAGGGAAGCCGUUCUUCACAAGAAACCCAGCUGAGCUGAAAGGAACCUUCAUCAACACCAAGCUGAAAAAGAGCCGUCGUGGUUUCGGCUUCACCGUGGUCGGAGGCGAUGAACCAGAUGAGUUUCUACAGAUCAAGAGCCUGGUGCUGGAUGGGCCUGCAGCUGUGGACGGCAAGAUGGAGACAGGUGAUGUGAUCGUCAGUGUGAAUGACACCAUCGUGCUGGGCUACACUCACGCCCAGGUGGUGAAGAUCUUCCAGUCCAUCCCUAUUGGAUCCAUGGUGGACCUCGCCCUAUGUCGUGGUUACCCCCUGCCCUUUGACCCUGAUGACCCCAACACCAGCCUGGUGACCUCAGUGGCAAUCCUGGACAAGGAGCCGAUCAUUGUCAACGGACAGGAGACGUAUGACUCGCCGUCCAGCCAUGGCAGCCAAACUGGGCCUGUUAACGGCAUGAGAGAGCCACGCCCCCACAGCCCCUCGGCUGAGGUGGCAUCUAACGGCUCACACGGCUACUCCAGCGAUGUGGUGACCCUGGCCUCGUCCAUUGCCACCCAGCCUGAGCUGAUCACUGUACACAUGGAAAAGGGAGACAAAGGCUUCGGCUUCACCAUCGCCGACAGCCUGACGGGAGGAGGUCAGAGGGUCAAGCAGAUAGUGGACUAUCCUCGCUGCCGCGGCCUCAAGGAGGGGGACAUUUUGAUGGAGGUCAACAAGAGAAAUGUCCAGAACAUGAGCCACAACCAGGUGGUGGACCUGCUCAGCAAGUGUCCCCGAGGCAGCGAGGUCACCAUGCUGGUGCAAAGAGGAGUGGUGCCAGCCAAGAGGAGUCCAAAGCUGGUGCAGCAGUUGGAGAGGAAAGACAGCCAGAGCAGCUCCCAACACAGUGUGUGCAGUCACCGCAGCACCCACACCGAUUCCCCCAGCCACCCGCCCUCCAACAUGCCCAGUGAGGCGGUGGCCCCUACUCCUGCUGCCCCCACACAGCCUUUGCCAGGCCUGCCGCCCCAGGACCCUGCAGAUGGCACCCUCACCCUGCAGAAGAAGCCAGACCCCUUUAAGAUCUGGGCUCAGUCCAGGAGCAUGUAUGAGAGUCGACUGCCAGAUUGCCAGGAGCAGGACAUCUUCUUGUGGCGGAAGGACACAGGUUUUGGGUUCCGCAUCCUGGGGGGAAACGAGCCAGGGGAGCCGAUCUAUAUAGGGCACAUAGUGAAGUACGGAGCUGCGGAUGAGGACGGACGCCUGCGGUCGGGCGAUGAGCUCAUCUGUGUGGACGGCACGGCGGUGGUGGGCAAGUCUCACCAGCUGGUGGUGCAGCUGAUGCAGCAGGCCGCCAAGCAGGGCCACGUCAACCUCACUGUCAGACGCAAGACCUCUGGAUAUGGAGUGUCAAAAGGGGAGGGCGAUGUUCCCCCGUCUCCUGCCUCCUCCCACCACAGCAGCACCCAGGCGCCCAGCCUGACGGAGGGAAAGCGGACCCCCCAGGGGAGCCAGAAUUCCCUCAACACUGUUAGCUCUGGCAGUGGAUCCACCAGCGGCAUAGGCAGCGGCGGCGGAGGAGGCAGUGGGAGUGCAGUGGUGCCUGCCACCCUGCAGCCAUAUGAUGUGGAGAUCCAACGUGGGGAAAAUGAGGGUUUUGGAUUCGUCAUUGUGUCAUCAGUGUCCAGGCCGGAUGCUGGAACUACCUUUGGACGCAUCAUCGAGGGGAGCCCGGCAGAUCGCUGUGGGAAGCUGAAGGUUGGAGACCGAAUACUGGCUGUAAACGGCUGCUCUAUCACGAACAAGUCACACUCGGACAUCGUCAACCUGAUCAAGGAAGCUGGGAAUACCGUCUCGCUCAGGAUCAUCCCAGGUGAUGAGUCCUCCAAUGCUUCUCUGCUGACCAAUGCUGAGAAGAUUGCGACCAUCACCACCACACACACACCUCAGUCAGAGUCCCGGAACAACUCAAAGUCAAAAGGUGCUCCUCCACCUCCACCCACACAAGCUCAGCCAACACAGGAUGCUGAGUUCUACUCUGUGGACCUGGAGCGUGACAGUAAAGGCUUUGGUUUCAGCCUGAGAGGAGGACGGGAGUACAACAUGGACCUGUAUGUGUUGCGACUGGCUGAGGAUGGGGCUGCUGUCAGAAACGGCAAGAUGAGGGUGGGAGAUGAGAUCCUCGAGAUCAAUGGCGAGAGCACAAAGAACAUGAAGCAUUCACGUGCCAUUGAGCUCAUCAAGAACGGCGGCCGAAGGGCACGGCUUGUCCUCAAGAGGGGAGAUGGAUCUGUACCUGAAUACGACGGCAGCAGUGACGGGCACCCUCCCACACCCGGGGCACAAAACACUCCGGAAGUGAGAACGCUGCCACCCAACAGCCGAUAUCACACCUCAUCGGAGUCCAGUUAUCCACCAGACCUUCACAAACCAUCACGCCAGGAGGAGGCUGCGCGUGGCCGAGACAGGGACAGGAACUGGGACAGGGACAGGGCUGGGACAGACCAGAACGACUACCAAGGCCGGCAAUUUAACCCCCACCAUCAUCACACCUGGAACAACAAUCACAGUCAAAGUACCCCCAGACAACAGUCUCCAGACAACAGCAGUGGCAACAAGAAGGGCCGAGGUCGCAAAGUCAAGAAGUCUGAGUCGGAGAGCGGUAUCUCUAAACUCCUAAAGACUCUGAGGAAAGACAGCUCGGGGAAGAAAGCUGCAGCUGCCGAGAAAUUGAGGGGGCGAGAGCUCUCGAGCAGCAGUUCUACUUUGGACGGGAGGUUUGGUCGGCAGCGCCGUGGCUCCCUUGACCGUUCACCAACCCGAAAGCGUAACUCUUCCCCUGAUCGUCGGCGGGCAAAGUCGAUGGACCGCAGGGCAGAGCGAGCACAUCGGGACCAUACACCUGAGAGGGAGUAUGACGACGGGGGGUUCCUCACAGUCACCCCCGAACGAAAAUACUACGAGCGCAGGCUCUUAAAGGACUCACAGACGCCUGGACGAGUCAGGGAGGCCACAACCCCUGAGCGCACCAACAAAAACGGGGAUUCCUUGUCUCUCUCCAGGGGCCGCACACCUGAUAGAGCCAUGAAUAACGGCAGCCUCCUGAGGGACUCUUCCUCAGAGAGGCGGGAGGAGAGAUACAGGUUGAACGGAACACCAGAGAGACGAUACCGAAUGGAGCGGGACUCUUCCCCUGACAGCAACUACAGCCGGGAGGAGCUGAACUAUGCAGCAGCACCCAGACUGAAAGACUAUUAUAGCAUCAUGAAGAACAAUGCUGCGCACAACAACGCUGCCUACAACAACACAGGCCAUAACAAUGCGGGCCACAUUAACGCAGUCGGCCGCAGCCCAAACCAGCUCCCUGAGCCCAAGAGAAGGCUGUACAAAGAAAGCCCCAAAGACCUCAGUAUCUAG